CGAUAUUUAGUUCCGAUUUGCUGGAGACAUAGCGCCAAUAUUUUGGGUUAUUCAUCUGAAGUGCACCAACAACAUACAUGGACUUCUGCUGUAGAAAAUAGUGACCUGAUGUAAGCUCGGACAUGAUGUUUCAUGUAAUCAAAUCUCAGUUAACUAUAGUUUGAGUCUGUUUAGGCCUUGAAAUCAUAACAGGUCAGAUCAACACGUAAGAGGGUCUUUUGCGGACACGAAACAACAUCAUGUUCUAAACAAAGCCGCAUAGACUUCAUAAUAAUGAGGACGACUAUGGUGCUUGCAGUGCUUAUUUUACUCUUCCUAUAUUGCAAGACUGACUUAGUUUUCGUAGAUGGAGCUAACAGUAGUACACCAUUACUCAUAACACCAUCGCCGAACAUACCCUACAACAUUACUCAACAUCCAGCAUCAGGUAAAACCUCAUUCGUCAUUAACCCAACGAAAACUACAAGUAACGACCAUAGCCAAAUGACAACAAUUACGUCAUCUUUGUUAAUGAUGAUAUCAGUAUCUCCCUCGAUAAGCAUUGAUACAAAGAACACGACGGGCAUCGGGAACGACGAAGGCACAACGGCAAAUUCAAAGACAGCACUUUAUUGGGGCAUUGGUGGAGGAGUUGGAUCACUUGCACUCAUCUCCAUUGGAAUCCUGGUUUGCGGUUGUUUUUCCAAGUAUAAGUCCCAACAUCGGGUAGAUGUCUCAAGUGAAAACACAAGUGACAUGCCUCUUGGUGACUGCCCUUCAUGGCGCCAUGUCAAUGUCAAACAUCCAUUGAGUUCUCGAAUAACUGAAAGAACCGAACACUCGUCUUCAUAUAACUGAAAACAAUGCAACUAAUCGAAACGCGAAAUAAAUGUAUAUAAACUAAAACAGGUCAAGUAAGUCAGGGGAAGAUAAAAGUGUCUCAGUUUUGCAUUCGUAAUAAAGACCAAUUGAACAA